CUUCCAAUCACGCGAAUGUGUCGUCUUUUUAUUAAAAGAAAAACUUGCGUACAAUAGUGUGCCGCACUAAUUAUUAAUAAUUGCUUGGUAAUAUAAUUACGUUUAAAGUAAAUUAAAAUUAUUUAAAAAUGUGUUCAAUAAAUUUAGCGGUGUUUAUUUACAUGGCAUUGUUUACGUGUUAUGUCAUGGCAGAUUGCGGUCCACGGUUAAAAUAUGCAUGGGGAGAUGCCUUGGAAAGCUCGGAUUGUCCUGGUCCAGACGGCUCGCCGUAUCCUAGACAUCUUAUAAACCGAGCUAUCAAAUCUGGUCCCUGGAGUCAAUCGUCUCGGCAGGGCAGAGCCGCGCGGACACUGGACCCAGCCAUCAUGAGACGAGCGCUCCUGGACGCUCAUAGCUCGUACUCUGAAGGCUCGACUAGCGCGCAGACUGCUAAUAAUAGAACCGGUCGAGCGGUUAAUUUACCAACGAUACCGUCGUCCGCACAAGCCGGUAACACCUGCGGCGGUGGCCGUCUCUGCAAGACCCGUUACAACACGACUGCUCCGAUGUACGGGGUGUCUUUGACUUCUGGCCAACCGGUCACCAUAGUUCAAAAGUUUCCGGAUCUGCUUCAGCAGGUCGUCUUUGAAGUAUGCGAAUCCAGCGAAUGUUCGGUAAUACGAGGCACGUGCACGCAGACGUACGUCCCCUAUUUGUUUCUGGUCCUUCCCCUGGGGCCGGUGACCUUCACGGGACAAGACUACGUUCUGGUCGAGUCCGGAUGCGUUUGUCGACCCAAUCCAAUGCCAUAGACGCCUCCGUCAAAACACUUCGACUUACAAUUCGAAGGCUCAAGAGGGUAGUUUAAAAUAACACGCGAAUCGCUCAAAACAUUUUUUUUUAUGAAUUAGUUAAUACUCAUUUCGAAUUAUUGGAAUUAGAAAAAUGUGGACUGUUUGAAUUGCAAGGGCCACUUAUAUGUUCCUUACCAUAUUACUACUCAUGGCACUGUGGUGAAAGCUGUCUGUAUGGCAGAAAAACUAUCUCUUAAUAUAUAUUCAUUGAAAUACAUAAAUCAAUCGAAAAACGGUAGGCAGUGGCUUGGCUGUGCCCCUGGCAUUGCUGACGUCCAUGAGCGACGGUAACCACUCACCAUCAGGUGGGCCGUAUGCUCGUCUGCCUACACGGCAAUAAAAAAAAAACUUACAAAUUACGAACAAAAAGACUUCGGUUCGGCUUAGUUAUCACAGAAACUUAUUCUCAUCACAGAGUUCAUGAUGCAAAUCACAAAUACUAGAAUAGAAAUUCCGGUUGUGUUAUUAUCAGG